AAAUAUAUUUUAUUUACUAUUAUCAUCGUCUGUCAGAUGUGACAUAUUGGCAUAUUGGUUAUCCGUAGGUUAUCCGGCUCGCUUUAAUCGAUGUCAGUAAUUUAAUUAAAAUAAAUGUAUCUUUGAACUAGUUGUUAUAAACAUGCCUGCUAAACGUGCUGCUGGUUUAGUUAUUUUUAGGAAUGUGAAUCAAAUUGUACAGUUCCUGAUGUUACAAACUUCUUAUGGAGAACAUCAUUGGACUCCUCCAAAAGGACAUGUAGAUCCAGGUGAAUCAGAUUGGGUAACAGCUUUAAGAGAAACAAAAGAGGAAGCUGGUUUAUCUGAAAGUGAUUUGAACGUGUACAAAGAUGUAACAAAAACAUUAAACUAUGAAGUAAAGGGAAAGCCAAAGGUAGUAGUGUACUGGUUAGCUAAGCUAAAAAACCCAGAUUAUGCUGUUACUCUGUCAGAUGAACAUCAAGAUAUGAAGUGGCUUCCAUUAAAGCAGGCUCAGGAAAUAGCUGGCUAUGAUGAUAUGAAGAAACUUCUUGAAGAAUUCAAUGAGAAAGCUGAGAAGUUGUUGAAUGCAUAAUGCUCACAAAUAUUAUGCAGAUACUGUAAAAAUCUGAUAAUAAACCAAAUAGAAAGUUGA